AUGUCUUCCCAGUCAUCCCAGGUUUUGAAGAUAAAGGUGGUGGCAAACCAUAUCUUCAGGAGCUUUCCAUGCCAAGCAAAACUUCAGGCUGCCAGCAAGGCUGAAGAGGAGAGAAGGGCUCAAUGGGGUGGGUUGGAUGACAAUCACUGUGAUGGGACUCCAGAUACUACCCACAGUGAUCGAGGGAUCACCCACCUGGGAAGGGUUGUUGUGGAUUCCAAUGCUGGAAAACCUCUUGGAGGUGCCAUAGAGACUCUUUGGGUCCAACUAUCUAAGCAGGAGGAGAGUGGUCAGCCCUAUGCACCCUUUGAAAGCAAGGAAGAUUGGGAACUUUGUCAUUGGUUGAGCAUGGAGGGUGUUUCACAAGGAGGGAUCAAUCACUUCCAAAAGCUUAAAUGGGUGAAUGAGCCUAACAUUCCAGAUAAAUGA